AUGCGUCGGUCGAGCAGAAUUUCAAAUCCCAGUCAACGAAGCCUGGACUUCGAUGAGCUGCACCUUUCAUUGGAAGAAGCGUGCAAUCUUAUUGAAGAGCGUGUGGUUCCAGCAGAUACCGACAGCACGAUUGUGUGUAAUGGAUACGUCGACGCGAGAUUGGCACCAAGAGAUGAUGAAGCACGGGCAUUUGGGGUUGAACCAACAAAUUUGCAAGAUGUCGAGCAAUCUGAGGACCGGAUCAAGUGGAAGGAAGCCAUUUCCGAAGAGAUUGGUAGUCUACUGCAAAACAAAACACUUGUCGAUGAUCCGCUACCACCAGGUCGAUCGGCGAUCAAGUCCAAGUGGGCAUUUAAGAAGAAGAUGAACGCGGAUGGAACCUUGGACAAGUAA